AUGAUGAUAGAAUUUGGUCUUUGGCUUGGAACCCCUAGGGUACUAUACUAGCAUCUUGCUCUUCAGACAAGGCCAUUAAGCUGUGGGACUACAGUUCUGAUGGAAAACUAACACUAAGAGUAAAGAUAUUUCUAUGCAGCCAUCUUACAAAUCUUUUAGUGCUAAUUGUCAGAUGGUCACAAGAGAACUAUUAGGAAUUUAUCUUGGAAUCCGGCAGGCAAUAUGCUAGCUAGUGCCAGCUUUGAUGGUACUGCAGGAGUUUGGUAAUAGGAAAUACCAGAGGGAGAGUUCGAGUAUUUAGCGCAAUUAGAAGGUCAUGAAAGUGAAGUCAAAAGCGUAGCAUGGAGCUAUGAUGGCCAAUUUUUAGCCACUUGUAGUAGAGAUAAAACGAUUUGGAUAUGGGAAAUAAAUGACGAAAAUGAAUUCGAUUGCGUGGCAGUUGCUAGCGGACAUACUUAGGAUGUUAAAUUUGUAAAAUGGCACCCUCAUAGAAAUCAACUUUUCUCAUCAAGUUAUGACGACACCAUUAAGAGUUGGAAACUCGAAGAGUCUAUUGAUGACUGGGUCUGCUCUUAUACAAUGGAAGGACAUGAGUCAACUGUCUGGGGAGUUGAUUUUGAUAGAACAGGAAAUUACAUGGUAAGUUGCGGAGAGGACAAGAAUUGGAUGAUCUGGAAAAUAAGCGAGACCAACUUUGAGAAUAAAGGAAUGAUCUCCAAUUUACACAGCAGGUCAAUCUACUCGUGUUCUUGGGCAAAGGUCUCUUCGCCUGGUUCUACCGUACUCAUGACUGAUCUGAUAGCUACUGGAGGUGCUGAUAAUAAGAUUAUGGUUUAUGAAAUUAACUGCGAGUCACUUGCUAGCUCUGCUACAGGUUCCUUUGAGUUUAACAUUGUUGCCUAAAAGCAAAUGGCUCAUUAAAAUGACGUCAAUUCAGUAACUUUUCAUCCUAAAAACCCUCUAAUUCUUGCAUCUUGUUCUGAUGAUGGCAAAAUUAAACUUUGGAAAGUAGUUGCAGAAACUCAGGAUUAAUAACAAGAAAAACAAGAAUAAGAUUAGAUAAUGGAGAAUGCAAAUUACAAUUAAUGA